AAAGCAGCACCCAAAAUAAAAAAAUAAAAAAAAAGAUUUAUCGGCCUUAUCUACAUCCCAAAGCCAGAAGCACUGAAGUGGAGAGACAGAGAGAAGCUGAACAACGAUGUUGGGCGCAAUCUCCAUAGCUCCACCUUCAACGGUUACAUUCCCCGCAAAGCUGCUCUCGCCAAUCCCCAAGUCCUCGUUCAAUGGCCUGCGAUUCCAACGCGCUUGCCCGAACACUGUCGUUCGUCUCCCAACGGCGUCGUUUCGGAGGCCUUGCUCGUCGUCUUCGGUGGUGAUGAUGGCCAAGAGAGAAGAAGAGAUGAAGGAAAUCAGAACCAAAACCACCGAAGAAAUCAACGAGGAGGUGGUUGAGCUCAAAGGUGAGCUCUUCAUGCUUCGCCUCCAGAAAUCGGCUCGCAACGAGUUCACAUCCAGCGAGUUCCGUCGAAUGCGCAAAAGGAUUGCUCGCCUGCUUACUGUUAAACGAGAAAGAGAGAUUGAGGAGGGAAUCGGUAAGAGGUUGUCAAGGAAGUUCGAUCGACAAUGGAAGAGGAGCAUUGUUGUCAGACCACCUCCGUCAUUGAUUAAGUUGCAAGAGGAAGAAGCAGCUGCAGAAGCUGCUGAGAAGGCUGCAUGAUCCAUAUGUAUCCGGCAAAUACCAUGUAGUCUACCCAUGAAAAUUAGAAAUCUGGAAUUUUUUUUGUUUAAAUCAUUGCUCAAGUGCUCUUUCAGACAAUUUGUUUAUAAUGAUCUGUUGUAGGUAGGAUAAUGUGAUAUUUUUUUUCUUCUCAAGUCCAUUUGAUGUCUUCUUUAAUCCCUAAAAUGGUGAAUGGCAUUGUGAAGUAUGGAUCUGUUGCGGGUA